AUGGACAAAGCGUUAAGGGAGGCUUGCACUGACACAAAGCACGAGUGUGACCAGUGCUUCAAUUGCUGGUUUGCCAAGAAGUUCCUCAAUGGGGACCCAUGCACCGACCUCUUCAAGCAUCAGCAGUGAGUUCAGAAAGCAAUAAAGGAGGAGAUUCCUACUGAAGGACUGGAGUUCAUGGGCCAUGGCAAAGAAAAGACUGAAAGUUCUUCUUGACCUUGACAGUUACCUUGAAAAUGGACUCCUCAUAUCAGGAAAUUGAGGACUCUGGAUCAUGUCAAUUAAAGCUGUGAAGAUAGCAUGGAUUUGAUAAAUUUAGGAGGAAGGAGUU